UAUAUAAGGCACUAUAUCUUCUUCUUUGUGCUUUAUCCCUACCACACAACUACAGCAAACCAAAAAAAAAAAAAAAAAAAUUAACCAGAAAAGAUAAAAGAAAGAAAGAAAGGAAGCUUUAAGCUUAUUUCCACAAUCCAUGGCAGGAACACAAACACAAUCAACAACCCAUGUAGCAAUUCUGCCGAGUCCAGGGAUGGGUCAUCUCAUCCCGCUCGUUGAGUUGGCCAAGAGGCUUGUUCAUCAACACAAUCUUUCAAUUACGUUCAUAGUCCCAACCGACGGUCCUCCUUCUAAGGCUCAAAAAUCUGUUCUCGGAUCGCUUCCGAGCACCAUAACCUCCGCAUUUCUUCCUCCGGUGGACCUUUCGGACACCCCUAGCGAUGCGAAGAUAGAAACAAUUAUUUCCCUCACUGUUGCACGUUCGCUUCCUUCUCUUCGCGACGUGUUGAAGUCUCUAGUUUCUAAAACUCGUCUCGUUGCCUUGGUUGCUGAUCUUUUUGGUACGGAUGCAUUUGACGUCGCCAGGGAAUUCAACAUUUCUCCUUACAUAUUCUUUCCUUCUACAGCUAUGACUUUGUCUUUGAUCUUUUAUUUGCCUAAGCUCGAUGAGAAGGUUUCAUGUGAAUACCGGGAGCUACAAGAACCUGUAAAAAUACCCGGGUGUGUCCCCAUACAUGGGAACAAAUUGCUCGACCCGGUUCAAGACCGCAAGAAUGAUGCAUACAAAUGGUUUCUUCAUCAUUCAAAGAGGUAUAAACUUGCUGAUGGUAUUAUGGUGAAUAGCUUCACAGACCUUGAAGGAGGCGCCAUAAAGGCUUUGCAAGAAGAAGAACCGGCCGGUAAGCCACCGGUUUACCCGGUCGGUCCACUUGUUAAUAUGGGUUCAAGUUCAAGUCGUGAAGGCGCAGAAUGUUUGAGGUGGCUAGAUGAGCAGCCACAUGGCUCAGUCCUAUACGUUUCAUUUGGAAGCGGCGGGACCCUUUCUUAUGAUCAGAUAAAUGAAUUGGCCUUGGGAUUAGAAAUGAGCGAGCAAAGAUUUUUGUGGGUAGCGAGGAGUCCUAAUGAUGGAGUUGCUAAUGCUACAUUUUUUAGUGUACAGAGCCAAAAAGACCCUUUUGAUUUCUUGCCAAAAGGGUUCUUGGAUAGAACAAAAGAUCGAGGUCUAGUGGUGCCAUCAUGGGCACCUCAAGCACAAGUACUGAGUCACGGGUCUACUGGUGGCUUUUUAACCCAUUGUGGAUGGAAUUCUACACUUGAAAGCGUCAUCAAUGGUGUGCCAUUAAUUGCUUGGCCUCUCUACGCUGAGCAGAAAAUGAAUGCUGUAAUGUUAACCGAGGAUAUUAAGGUUGCCUUGAUGCCAAAAGCCAGUGAAAGUGGCCUAAUAGGAAGACAAGAGAUUGCAAACACAGUUAGAAGCUUAGUGGAAGGCGAAGAAGGUAAAAAGGUCCGUCACAGAAUGAAAGACCUAAAAAACGCAUCAAUUAGGGUUCUGGGUGAAGAUGGCUCUUCCACACAAGCACUCUCCAAGCUAAUUCUUAAAUGGAAAAACUAAAAAAUGUAAUUAAAUAAUUUUAAGUAUAUAUUUCGUAAUUCAGGUAAUUAAUGCCACGGAACUUUUAAUUAUUAUUAUUUUUUUCCUUCUGUACAAUUUUCUCCUUGGUUUACAUUAAAAAAAGGGGACUGCUAUAUGUAAUCAUUUUCCACUUUUCAUAA